UUGGCCAAAGGAAAAACAAUGGUUAUUGGCGUCUUUCCGGCGGCCAAACUUGGUGUUUUGGCCAUCAAGCAGAUCAGCAAACCCAUUGCCAAUGUGCUGAAGUCGAACGCCAAGUCCAGUCCCUUCUUCAGGAAGUACAUCUGCAUGCCGCCGGCCCAGUUCUACAAUUGGGUGGAGGUGAAGACCAAGAUGUGGGCCCUGAACAUGGGUGGGCGCAGUGUCAAUGUUCCGCCGCUGAACGAGGCCAUGGCCAUCGAGCUGGGUGCUAAUCUUCUGGGCGAGUUCAUAAUUUUCACCAUCGGCGCCGGUCUGCUGAUAUUUGAGUACUCUCGUCAAUCCAUAAAGGAGACCAAGAAGACCGAGGAAAUCCAAAUGGAGAAGAUGCAGAUGACCAAUACGCUGACGGAGAUGAACUUUCGACUGGAGCGGCAGGAUGCACAAAUCCGCGAAAUGACGAGGGUUCUGGCGGAUUUAGAUUCACGCAAUAUCUUCCGAUGGAGCAAAGAGCGCCUGCAGGAGUACGUGCCCUUUGAUCCGAGCACACCGGAUCAGAGUGCCAGUGCGAGGAAUCCCAAGAAGUACGAGGGCGUCUAUGACCCCACGGGGGGCAUGGCGUUCAGCGCCCUGAACUUCUUGGAAACGCAAAUCUUUGUCGAUGGACGGAAUCGAAAGGCCAAGGAGGCCCUCCAGCACAUAGAUGAAGUAGCCGAGCAGCUGGAGCAAUCCGUGAGCGUGGUGACCAGCCCUGUGGCCGCUACACCGCCGUCGAAAGUCGAGCAAUGACACCAGAAACAACUCGAGCAGGAUCUGUCCUUGCUCAUGUAUGCCCUGGCCCUGGAACAGUAAGGGAAGCUGUUUUCUUUGUUUGCACACACAUUCAUCCUGCAGCCAGUCCCACACCCAUGAUGCUAGCCAUGAUCAAAUCGCGUGUUACCAUUACUUACUUUAUAAGUAUAAAGUCAAUAGAUGUACAUAUAUAACUAUUGUA